AUGCCCGAUUCCGAUGAGAAGCCAGCUGUCAAGAAGCCGACUAAAAUCUCGUUUUCGGCCGAAAACCUGGUCGAUGAUGUGACAACACGCUCGUCGACGGUCAGAGAGAGUGCGCGGAGUUGGCAGUCGGAAGGUGAAGAUGUUGGAGGGAUUAGACCGAAGGCUGGGUUGUACAAGACAAGAUCUACUCCAUUGGUAAGGAAUUUUGGUUGGAAAGAAAGUUUUGGUGGGUAGGGGCGUGGGUGGGGAGAUUUUUAUUUGAAAGGCAAGGAUUUUUGAAAUUUGCAGCCUGCGGGUGACAAGUUAUACGAUGAAUAGUAUUUUUUGAUUUGUAAAGAAAUUUUUUGACAUUUUUUACUUUGUAAAGAAAGUACUUGCCAUUUUUUGUCCUGUAAAUAAAGUUCUUGCCAUUUUAAAAAUUUUUACUCAAGAUGAAAUUAUUUUAGAGAAAUGAAAGUCGUCGUCAACCUCUACGCCGUGCUCAAUCAAGGUAA